AUGGCUGUACCUCCCGAAGUAGCAAAUGAUGCCCUGAAUGCCACGCUCGCUGUCGUGCAAUCGCUCGCUCAGCGCUGCAUCAAGGUGAAGAAGGGUGAUCCCGAGGGCUUAAAGCUGUCGGACGAGAUUGCCAGGCGUGUGGCAAAAGACUUAAAACUAUACAGUGGGAAUGCUACAUCAUUCUCCCCACAGCUGCUCUCAUUUUCCGCCGUUGUGAGACAGCACUCAAAGGGCGGGGCCUUUGAAAACGUCCCCGACUGGACCUCCGUCACCAACGAUGACCCUCGGAUAAAGAACCACCCACGAUUCGAGAAGACCAUGGACUAUCACCCCCCCUCCACAUUUAACAUUCCCGCCAUCGUGCGAGCGGCCAAGAACCCGCCCCAUGUCGGUCGUCCAGCACAUCCGCCCCUAAGAUACCGACACUUGUAUUUUCCAGAAGCUGAGAGGGAACAGUGGAAGGUAGCUUCCGCAGCCAGCGAUAGCAAGAAGAGGAAGGCGGAAGAUGAAGGGGCCAACGCGGUUGCCAAAAAGAUGAGGAAGUUGAAGUCCGAUGUCAAAAAGGAGCCAACCGGAGUCAUCCAUGUGAAACGAAGGGCGUCUAACAGCUUACCGAUCCAGGAAUCAUCGCCUGUCGCUACUGACAAGGACGUUCUGCUAGUCGGAGACAAGGAUUUCCUGGACGCAGAAACUCGGCCUGCAGAAUGGGGCUCGGAUUCUGAUGUCGCUACUCCUUUGCAGCAUUCCGUUCGUUACCACCCCCGGCGCUGCGACAAGUGUGCCAAGUUGGACAUAGCCUGCGUUGUCCUCCCCGACAAGAAAUUCGGGUAUACACGCCUCGCCUGCGCCAAUUGCGACAACAUGAAGAUCGCGUGUGCAAUCGACGGCGUUGGUGUCCGACAGAGGUUGCAAGGUAAUGCGGCGAAAGCAUCCUCUGACGCAUGCAAAACCCCCAAGAUGUCCAAGUCCCGAGCUGUCUCCGAAAAAGUCGUGGCGCGUCCUUCUCGCUCUCAACGGAGCAUUGCUGGUAGCAAAGGAGCGGAGAAACAGCCCAGGGAGGUCCUUCCGGGUCAGGCUCAAGUACAGCCGGAACACCAGCAAUCGCCUGCGCCCACCAACCUGCUGGAACCAGAGCCCACUGCAAGAGACAUCUUGCAGGGCAUCCAGGACCUCGGUCGGAGGUUGGAUCUCCUCGCCGCCAAUGAGCGGGUAGACGCGUUGGAGGUCAGAGUGGGUUCAGUUGAGACCAACCUGCUUCAGCGGUUGGACGAGUUAGAGCAACAGCUCAACAAAUCUGAUGCCUGGUGGCAAUCUUUGGAAUCCCUAAAAUAG